AAGUUCAACAGAGAGCUAAAACAACACACAUCACUCUCUCUCUCUCUCCAUCUCCAUCUUCUUCACUUUCUCACAUAACCCACUCUCUCUUUCUUUCUCUCUUGUUCUUCAGAGUCUUGAAAAACCUUUUCAGCCUCUCAACUGUACUAAUGUUCAUGUGUUUCUUCUUCUACAUCAAUUCAUUGUUCCCAAGUGUUUCUGUGUCCUGAAUUCUGAUAUUAUGCUUCUUUAAGUAAGUUUGAGUUGACAUCACUUCCUUAGAUCAAAAGUUUUGAGUCUUCUCUGUUCCCAGAAAAUCCAACUCUCUUGUUGCUUCUUCUGUUUUUUUUUUUUUUUUUUUUUUUUCUCUCUUGAAGAAUCUUUAAAAUUCUCAGAUCUUCUGAAUCUCUCUGUUUACCAAAAAAAAAAAAAAAAAAAAACUUUUAACUUUUCUUUUUGGUAUUCUCUUCUUCUCUUCGUUUCCCUUUAUUUUUCCAAAUUCUCGUUUCCACAUGUCGUUGGUCUUUCGCUACAAGCCACGACCAUAGAAUCUUCUUUGUCUGAAAAUAAAAACACCAAAACAAAAAAAAAGAAUUACAAUUUACGUUUCUCUUAAGCAUACGACGGACUUCCCUAAGAAAUCAAAGAGAAAAGAAGAAGAAGAAGAAGAAGAAGAAGAAGAAGAAGAAGAAGAAGGUCGAAACAGUAAAGUUUGAGACUUUGGAAGCUCGAGAGAAAAAAUGGAGAUGGCGGUGGCUAACCACCAUGAUAGAAGCAGUGACAGUAUGAAUAGACAUUUAGAUAGUAGCGGUAAGUACGUUAGGUACACAGCUGAGCAAGUUGAGGCGCUUGAGCGUGUCUACGCUGAGUGUCCUAAGCCUAGCUCUCUCCGGCGACAACAGUUGAUCCGUGAAUGUUCCAUUUUGGCUAAUAUCGAGCCUAAGCAGAUCAAAGUCUGGUUUCAGAACCGGAGGUGUCGAGAUAAGCAGAGGAAAGAGGCGUCCAGGCUUCAGAGCGUAAACCGAAAGCUUUCUGCGAUGAAUAAACUGUUGAUGGAGGAGAAUGAUAGGCUGCAGAAGCAGGUUUCUCAGCUUGUUUGCGAAAAUGGCUAUAUGAAGCAGCAGCUAACAACUGUUGUGACCGAUGCAAGCUGUGAUUCUGCGGUCACAACUCCUCAGCAUUCGCUUAGAGAUGCAAAUAGUCCUGCUGGAUUGCUCUCGAUCGCAGAGGAGACUUUGGCAGAGUUCCUAUCCAAGGCUACAGGAACUGCUGUUGAUUGGGUUCAGAUGCCUGGGAUGAAGCCUGGUCCGGAUUCGGUUGGCAUCUUUGCUAUUUCGCAAAGAUGCAGUGGAGUGGCAGCUCGAGCCUGUGGUCUUGUUAGUUUAGAACCGAUGAAGAUUGCAGAGAUCCUCAAAGAUCGGCCAUCUUGGUUCCGUGACUGUAGGAGCCUUGAAGUUUUCACUAUGUUCCCGGCCGGUAAUGGUGGUACAAUCGAGCUUGUGUAUAUGCAGACCUAUGCACCAACGACUCUGGCUCCUGCCCGCGAUUUCUGGACCCUGAGAUACACAACGAGCCUCGACAAUGGCAGUUUUGUGGUUUGUGAGAGGUCACUUUCUGGCUCUGGAGCUGGGCCUAACGCUGCUUCAGCUUCUCAGUUUGUGAGAGCAGAAAUGCUUUCUAGUGGGUAUUUGAUAAGACCUUGUGAUGGUGGAGGUUCAAUUAUUCACAUUGUGGAUCACCUUAAUCUCGAGGCUUGGAGUGUUCCGGAUGUGCUUCGACCCCUUUAUGAGUCAUCCAAAGUGGUCGCCCAAAAAAUGACAAUUUCCGCAUUGCGGUAUAUCAGGCAAUUAGCGCAAGAGUCUAAUGGUGAAGUGGUAUAUGGAUUAGGAAGGCAGCCCGCAGUUCUUAGAACCUUUAGCCAAAGAUUAAGCAGGGGUUUUAAUGAUGCGGUCAAUGGGUUUGGUGACGACGGGUGGUCUACAAUGCAUUGUGAUGGUGCAGAAGAUAUUAUCGUUGCCAUUAACUCCACAAAGCAUUUGAAUAAUAUUUCUAAUUCUCUUUCGUUCCUUGGAGGCGUGCUCUGUGCCAAGGCUUCAAUGCUUCUCCAAAAUGUUCCUCCUGCUGUUUUGAUCCGGUUUCUCAGAGAGCAUCGAUCCGAGUGGGCUGAUUUCAAUGUUGAUGCAUAUUCUGCUGCUACACUUAAAGCCGGUACCUUUGCUUAUCCAGGAAUGAGACCGACUAGGUUCACUGGGAGUCAGAUCAUAAUGCCACUAGGGCAUACAAUUGAACAUGAAGAAAUGCUUGAAGUUGUCAGACUAGAAGGUCAUUCUCUUGCACAAGAAGAUGCAUUUAUGUCCCGGGAUGUCCAUCUCCUUCAGAUUUGUACUGGGAUUGACGAGAAUGCUGUUGGAGCUUGUUCGGAACUGAUAUUUGCUCCGAUUAAUGAGAUGUUCCCGGAUGAUGCUCCACUUGUUCCUUCUGGCUUCAGAGUCAUACCUGUUGAUGCUAAAACGGGAGAUGCGCAAGAUCUGUUAACUGCUAACCACCGUACAUUAGACUUAACUUCUAGCCUUGAAGUCGGUCCAUCACCAGAGAAUGCUUCUGGAAACUCCACUUCUUCUAGCUCAAGUUCGAGAUGUAUCCUCACUAUCGCUUUCCAGUUCCCUUUUGAAAACAACCUGCAAGAAAAUGUUGCCGGUAUGGCUUGUCAGUAUGUGCGGAGUGUUAUUUCAUCUGUUCAACGUGUUGCAAUGGCGAUUUCACCAUCUGGGAUAAGCCCAAGCCUGGGCUCCAAAUUGUCCCCGGGAUCUCCUGAAGCUGUUACUCUUGCCCAGUGGAUCUCUCAAAGUUACAAUCACCACUUAGGCUCGGAGUUGCUAACGAUUGACUCACUCGGAAGCAACGACUCGGUAUUAAAACUUCUAUGGGAUCACCAAGAUGCCAUAUUGUGUUGUUCUUUGAAGCCACAGCCAGUGUUCAUGUUUGCAAACCAAGCUGGUCUAGACAUGCUAGAGACAACACUUGUAGCUUUACAAGAUAUAACACUAGAAAAGAUCUUUGAUGAAUCUGGUCGAAAGGCUCUCUGCUCCGACUUCGCCAAGCUAAUGCAACAGGGAUUUGCAUGCUUGCCCUCAGGGAUCUGUGUGUCAACAAUGGGAAGACAUGUGAGUUAUGAACAAGCUGUUGCUUGGAAAGUGUUUGCUGCAUCUGAAGACAACAACAACAAUUUGCAUUGUCUUGCCUUCUCCUUUGUAAACUGGUCUUUUGUGUGAUUCCAUUUGCUAGAAGGAAAGACUAAUUAAAAAUUUUCGUUAGACAACUCAAUUUUUUGGUUGUUGUUUAGGAAGUGUCUCUGUUUUGGUUUUUAAUUUAUUAUGAUCAAAUGUUACUCAUUUUUCUUCUGACAUAAUGUAUUUGGCUUUUAAA